CUAUAUCUCUCGCAUAUCUGAAGUCGACAGAGAAUUCAACUCUGUCAUCGAGAUCAGCCCUGAUGCACUCGCCAUCGCGCAAGCUCGGGAUGCUGAACGGGUUCUCGGCCAUGUCAACUCCCCCCUCCACGGUCUGCCCAUUUUACUAAAAGACAACAUCCCUACGCUGGAUGGCACGAACACCACAUGCGGCUCCCUCGCCCUUGUCGGCGCCUACCCAAAGCGAGAAGCCGCAGUUGUCACAGCACUGAAGAAGGCCGGUGCUGUCAUACUAGGGAAAGCGAACAUGGCAGAAUGGGCCGGAUUUCGCUCAACAAGCGGCUGCUCUGGGUGGUCUGCUCGCGGGGGACAGACUUACGGACCGUUUGUCGGGGGAUCCAAGGCGAGUGGCAGUUCAAGCGGUAGUGCAAUCGCGACAGCCCUGGGGCUAUGCUUUGCAGCCAUAGGAACCGAGACAUGUUACUCGAUCGUCAGUCCUGCGGAGAAGAGCGGUGUUGUAGGUUACAAACCGACAAGAGAUCUUAUACCGUCAAAGGACAUUAUAUAUGUGAGUAAGAAGCAGGAUACAGUUGGUGUGCUAGCAAGGACUGUUCAGGAUGCUGCGCACAUCACCCUCUUGCUUACUGCGAGCUCAGCGAUCGCCAACUCUUCGAGACACCUGACCGAUGAAAGCCGAUCCGAAUUUCUACAAGGAUUUCAUACAGUAGCAAAUUCAAGUCUAAUUGGUCUUCGAAUCGGCAUACCUUGGGACCUAAUCCAACUUGAGACUCCUCCACAGUGCAGAUUGGAAGCCUUCGAGCGAGUUCUAUUCCAGCUGGAGGCAAGAGGUGUUACCAUCGUGAAGGACGUCAUUAUCCAGGGCUGGUGUGAGUAUGAAGGUUUGUCACAGGAUGAAAAGCAAAUUGUGCUGGACACGGACAUGAAAACUGCUAUCAACGAAUACCUUGGAGGCUUAAACACUAACCCACAGAACAUCAAGAACCUUGCGGAUCUAGUUGCCUUCAUCAAGACGUGUCCAGAAGAGGAUUAUCCCGCGCGUAACGCGGUAGGUCUCGAACGAGCUCAAGCUACGGACCGGAACGACGGUACUUUGUACAUGGCCAUGUCAGAGAAAGAUAAGUUCUUCGCUGGUUGUAUCGAGAGUACCCUCAACCAGUAUGACUGUGACGUGCUAUUUACACCGGUUCUCUCAAUUGCAUUUCAGACUUUUGCAGCAAAGGCUGGCUCUCCCGUCAUCAGUGUACCCAUGGGCAUCUAUCCGCACGGAUUUCCAGUUGAAAUCGAUUCCAAGAACAGCCUGAUAGCAGCCGCACCUGGUAUUCCGUGAGUCCGAAUGUUACCUUAGGUAAGAAGUUUAUAGUCUGACGUCAAGCUAGUUUCUCAGGGUUCGUCUUUGGAAGAGCAUACGAUGAUGUGACGGUGCUCAAGAUAGGACACGCCAUUGGAAUGUCCAUAGGAUCAACAGAGCAGUUGAUACCGUACAUAUUACCCAGGACGGAGAUUCGUGGCCUGUCUGACAGCUAGCAUAGGUGGUUGUACUUGUAGACCUGAAGCUGUGAUUCUGUGAAGGUGAGGGUAAACCCGAUGGCACAGAGGUCCAUAGGGUAUACAUGAACGUUCUUAUUGUUCACUAUGAUAAAUUACAUCAGCUCUCCAUUAGAAUUUUUCUGCCAACUCACUCUGAG